GGUGUUGUGCUCUGGGGAAGAGAGGAGGAUUUGUAAACCCCGGAGCAAGGUUCUGCCUACCCGAGGCUGCUGCUGUGCGGAGACCCGGGGUGAAGCUACCAUCACCAUGUCUGACCAGGAGGCCAAACCUUCAACUGAGGACUUGGGUGAUAAGAAGGAAGGAGAAUACAUUAAACUCAAAGUUAUUGGACAGGAUAGCAGUGAGAUUCACUUCAAAGUGAAAAUUAUAACACAUCUCAAGAAACUCAAAGAAUCAUACUGUCAAAGACAGGGAGUUCCAAUGAAUUCACUCAGGUUUCUCUUUGAAGGUCAGAGAAUUGCUGAUAAUCACACUCCAAAAGAACUGGGAAUGGAGGAAGAAGAUGUGAUUGAAGUUUAUCAGGAACAAACAGAGGGUCAUUCAAUGGUUUAGAUAUUCUUUUUAUUUUAUUUACUUUUCCCUCAGUCCUUUUUUAUUUUUAAAAAUAGUUCUUUUGUAAUGUGGUGUUCAGAAUUGAAUUGAAAACUGACCUCUACCCCCUAUGUCUUUAAAACAUCUGGUAAUUUGAAUUCUAGUGCCCAUUCAUUAUUGUUUUGUUUUCAUUGUGCUGAUUUUUGGUGAUCAAACUUUAGACCCCUUCAUACAGCCCUCUCCUUUUUAAAUAUUACAUGUGUGCACAGAGAGGCCACCUUUUUCAGGACUGUGCAUUUUCAGGCUUGUGAUAAAUGAGGUCGACCAAUGCAAGUGUUCCUAAUGACAUUUCUAAUUGGCCGGGAAGUUCUAGCUUGUGAUUGCUUCACUCCUGGACUAUGA